AGCUUCCUUGAAGCUUUCUAAAACAAAUGCCUGGAGGUUGUAACUGCCUUCCUGUGAUCUCUGCUGCGAAGAUGAGCCAUUUGUUCAACGGAGAAGGCUCGCGGGCUAUUCUUUGCCAAUGUUUUUGCAAUCUUACUCUCCUAUUAUUUGGGCUGUAGAAACUUUUACAACUGACUAUAAAGCAAUUGGCAAAAUAGGAGAGGGAACGUUUUCUGAAGUUAUGAAGAUGCAAAGCCUGAGAGAUGGAAACUACUAUGCAUGUAAACAAAUGAAGCAGCGCUUUGAAAGUAUUGAGCAAGUCAACAACCUACGAGAGAUCCAAGCACUGAGGCGCCUGAAUCCGCACCCAAACAUUCUUACGUUGCAUGAAGUGGUUUUUGACAGAAAAUCUGGUUCUCUUGCACUAAUAUGUGAACUUAUGGACAUGAAUAUUUAUGAGCUAAUACGAGGGAGAAGAUACCCAUUAUCAGAAAAAAAAAUUAUGCACUAUAUGUACCAGUUAUGUAAGUCCCUUGAUCACAUUCACAGAAAUGGAAUAUUUCACAGAGAUGUAAAACCAGAAAAUAUACUAAUAAAGCAGGAUGUCCUGAAAUUAGGGGACUUUGGCUCCUGCCGGAGUGUCUAUUCCAAGCAGCCAUACACGGAAUACAUCUCCACCCGAUGGUACCGGGCCCCAGAGUGUCUCCUCACCGAUGGGUUCUACACGUACAAGAUGGACCUGUGGAGCGCCGGCUGCGUGUUCUAUGAGAUCGCCAGUCUGCAGCCCCUCUUCCCUGGAGUAAAUGAACUGGACCAAAUCUCAAAAAUCCACGAUGUCAUCGGCACACCCGCUCAGAAGACCCUCACCAAGUUCAAACAGUCGAGAGCUAUGAAUUUUGAUUUUCCUUUUAAAAGGGGAUCAGGAAUACCUCUACUGACAACCAAUUUGUCCCCACAAUGCCUCUCCCUCCUGCACGCAAUGGUGGCCUAUGAUCCCGAUGAGAGAAUCGCUGCCCACCAGGCCCUGCAGCACCCCUACUUCCAAGAACAGAGGCUUUCAACGACAAAAGAAGGACUCGAAGCUGUAAGGAAACAUGAUCCUGAAACCCUGUGCACACGUGCAGCUGCCCACAGUGGCCACAGACAGCCCCAAAAGACCGAUUUAAAAUGGAAACAAUUUCUUUGGGUGAGCAGUGGGAGCACGAUGCUGCAGAGUGAGCCGGUCGCCGUCCACACGGCCCUCGUCGACGUCCACCGCCUGAGGUCUGCCGGCUGGCACGGCUCAGGCGCAGCUGGGGCUCCUCCUCAUCACUCCCUCGAGUCCAAGUCCCGGGAGGCUGUGCGCGCAGCAGUGGGGUCGCUACACUACAGUUCCACCUGGAGAACUGGCCUGGCUUGGGGAUGACAAUGAGCCCUGCAAACAAAGCAGUCUACAUUAAUCCAGCAAAACACCGGACAGGCGACAGCCACCAUGCUCGCCCUCUGCCAGCAGCUCCAUGUGGUCAAAACUGGUGCUGUUGGUGUGGAAGCCAGUGUGGGAGCAAACCCUCCACUUCAUCUAUUUAAUUCCUAUCCAUAUCACUGCGUUCAAUUCCUAGAGAAUUGGAACCCUGCUGGGUGCAAUAUUGUGGUCUCAACACUGUCCAAGAGAAGGGCGGGCAGGGCUGGCCUUGCCCCUGGGGGAGACAGUGGUUUCUCGGCACCUGAGGGCAGGUUCUUCGGAGUUUCACUGACCCAAAGGUACAGGUGCCUCGUGGGAGGUGUUCAGCGCCUUCAGCCAGGGUUGAGCCCAGGGCCCCACAGUUCUGGACUGCACACCCAGUCCCUUGGAGCCAGGGGUUGCCUUCAAGGAUAGAGUUCAGGGACACAUUUGAAAGGGCAUUCUCUGCUGGGGGGGUUCUUGCUUUGUUGGGUGGUGCGACCAUGGCACCCUCUGGCUGCAGCUGUCCACAUGUGUAGGCCCCACAGGUAGAGACAGGAGGGCCCAGGCCGAGGUAGGGGGAGCCCCAGAACAAAGGAGUCUUGCCGUGAGGCUGCGGCUGGGUGUGGAGAACGGAUGUGGGGGCCAACCCACCAGGGCCAGCUGGAAGAAUGGGCGGGGUGCUUCUGGCUCUUCAGGGCAACUCCUGCUGAGAGGCUCACUGGGGAGGGGGAAUCUCACCCAGAUUUAGCAAGACAGGCGUGAGCUUAGGUAAACCUAAGAGGGUUUAACUUCCCACACAGCAAAGAGUACUUCCAUUUCUUUGCAUUUACUAUUGGGCGGCAGUUAAAUUACAUCAAGGCAUGGCGUUCGUUUAUGAAGAAGAACAUUAAGAUGGCGACAGUGCAACCCCAAAGGUGCACAUUUUCAGCUCUGGGAAUGCAACUCAGCCUAAGCUGUCGUGGAAGAAGGCUUCGGCUGAUGAGUACUGUUUACAAAUGACAAGCCUUUAACUCAAGCAAACAUUGCUACCUUCUCACACAUUGGACUUGCGUGGACACAGAUGAGGGUGACAAUCUGAAACUGCCCUUCAGCCUCGCCCACACGCUGCUGCAGGAAGCCGGGAAGCAGGCUGUCCCACUGGUCAUUUCAUCCCGUUUCUUCCCUUCACCUGAAAUCUGUUCACCCAGACAAGCUCAGGAGCAAACGGAACGUGGCAGCUGCCCUGCUCAGAGGCUACGGGAGCGCUUUUCCUCUGGGACCCCUGAAAAGGGACAGAACCCUGUUUGUACUUGUGGAGGACCCCGCAAAUGCCCCAUACUUCUGGCUCAAACUCAUCAAGGCUGUGGAGGUCAGCUGGGCAGCGGGUGGCUGACUGCACUUCUGCCACGGACAGUCUGGAGGAAGGAAGCCUCUAACACAGGACGCUCUGCCUUCAUCACCGCGCACACCCUAAGAAAGUACUUUCCACAAGCUACGUGGUGUCCAGGAGGUGACAAUCUCCUGAACCAAGAGGCACCUCCCUUCCCCCCAGCCACAGAAAAGUCAUCUACUCCUGGCAAGGGAGAAAGUGGUGGUGAUCCAGCCUGGGGACAGACGGAGAGGGGCCACCUCAUCUGGCAGCCACAGAGUCUCCCUCCCCUUUCACAGAGCGCCAGGUGGAGGCAAGUGCUCCAGGUAUGAGGCAGCCCUACCCACAGGAAGGUGGUGUCCUGUGAACCAAUCCUGUGUUAAGUUUAGCUUCCCAGGAGCACAUUUCACGACUUAAAAACAAGUGACAGCCAGCCCUGUGGGAGGCUAAGGUGGGGGGUUCACUUAAGCCCAGGAAUUUGAGACCAGCCUGGCUAACAUGGUGUAUUUUUUGUAUUCUACUAAAAUGGUGUAAUCUACUAA